UGGUAUGAAUAGUACUAAAGUAACUACACCACCACUUUCUCCAUUCCCACAGCCACAUACCGUCCAUAACUUUCCGCAUUUUCACAAUAGGUCCUCGAUCGAGGUGCCUAACAAAUUGAUUUCGAUAUCUUCAGCCGAAACUACCACUAUUAUCCCCUGUUCAUCCUGAAUCAAUCAGCCAUUGCGAGAGGGGAGCCAAAUUCUGAAAAUGAACGUGAUUAAAAUCCAGAGGAAGUACCCCCAAUUUGAGCAGGGUGAGAUCUUUGCUCUCCAAGAUGCAUUCCGAAAACUGGACGUGGACGACAAAGGCUAUCUGGACGAGGGAACAGUUAUCAAGGCCACUCAGCAGUCAGAACGUCAACCUUACGAUAUCGUGCGCCAGACACUAAAGGAGGUUGAGCUUGACAGCUCCCGUCGGGUGGAACUUGAAGAUUAUGUGGAUCUCAUUGCUAAGCUUCGCUCUGGUUCGACGCAGAGCGUGCCUGUUCGGGACCCCGUUUCCGCAGCGGCCCCCGGAGCCGCACGACAUGUCUCCAAAGGUAGUGUAGGAGGCAAGAUUCAUGUCCAAGGUUCCUCUUCGAAUGUCACGCACACAAUCAACGAAGAUGAAAGGACCGAAUUUACGAGACAUAUCAAUGCUGUCCUAGCAGGUGAUCCAGACAUUGGCCAUCUUCUACCUUUCCCUACCGAUACAUUCGAGAUGUUCGAUAAGUGCAAGGACGGUCUGGUUCUCGCAAAACUUAUCAACGACAGCGUCCCCGAUACUAUUGAUGAGCGCGUUCUGAACAAACCUGGCAGGAAACUCAAAGAGCUUAACGCAUUCCACAUGACUGAAAACAAUAAUAUAGUCAUCAACUCAGCCAAAGGAAUUGGGUGCUCAGUCGUAAAUAUUGGAAGCGGCGACAUUAUAGAAGUGCGGGAGCAUCUUAUCCUGGGUCUCAUUUGGCAAAUUAUUCGCCGUGGCCUAUUAGGGAAGAUCGAUAUCAAACUUCAUCCCGAGCUUUAUAGGCUACUUGAGGAAGACGAGACGUUAGAACAAUUCUUACGGCUUCCCCCUGAGCAGAUAUUACUGCGCUGGUUCAAUUACCACUUGAAGAACGCGCAAUGGCCGCGAAGGGUUACAAAUUUCUCGGCGGAUGUGAAAGACGGCGAGAAUUAUACUGUUCUCCUGAGCCAAUUGGCGCCUGAACUCUGCUCGCGACAACCGCUCCAAACCCGAGACCUGCUACAACGUGCUGAGGAAGUUCUAGGAAAUGCGGAGAAAUUGAACUGUCGCAAAUUUUUGACACCGACAUCGCUGGUUGCAGGAAAUCCCAAGCUGAACCUCGCAUUUGUUGCAAAUUUGUUCAACACCAUCCCGGGUUUGGACCCAAUUACCGAGGAAGAAAAGCUCGAGGUGGAAGACUUUGACGCUGAGGGGGAACGGGAAGCCAGAGUGUUCACUCUGUGGUUGAACUCGCUCGAUGUACAACCUGCUGUCAAUUCGUUGUUUGACGAUCUUCGCGACGGGACCAUCUUGAUGCAGGCAUACGAUAAAGUCAUUCCUCAUAGUGUCAACUGGAGGCAUGUCAACAAACCUCCGGCAUCUGGGCAAGAGAUGAUGCGCUUUAAGGCAGUCGAGAAUACCAAUUAUGCUAUCGAACUAGGCAAACAUCAUGGUUUCUCUUUGGUGGGUGUGCAGGGUGCCGAUAUUACUGAUGGUCAGCGGACCCUCACGCUAGGGUUGGUAUGGCAAUUGAUGAGGCGGGAUAUCACCAAUACCCUCUCAAGCCUUGCAAGUCGUUUGGGCAAACACGAGAUCACCGACUCAGAAAUGAUUAAAUGGGCCAAUGACAUGACUCGCAAAGGUGGCCGCAGCUCUUCGAUACGCAGUUUCAAGGACCAGUCAAUUGGAUCAGGCGUGUUCCUUCUUGAUGUUCUUAACGGCAUGAAGGCUUCCUACGUCGAUUAUGAUCUCGUGACUCCUGGUCAGACUGAUGAACAGGCGUAUGCAAACGCGAAAUUAAGCAUCAGUAUCGCUCGCAAGCUGGGUGCAACCAUCUGGUUGGUGCCUGAGGAUAUCUGUCAGGUCCGGUCUCGCCUGGUGACUACAUUUAUUGGCUCUCUAAUGGCUACGUACGAAAAAAUGUAAUGCUUCACGGCUGCAGCCUGUGAACUAUUAGGGAGGGGUUCUGCAGCAUUGUGCUCCGCCGCAUGUCUGUAAUUUCAUACGUCGAUAUCAACGCUUAGCAAUGCAGCCUAGACUAACACUCCAAUGAGAAAACUCCCUCAGCCAGCAGGGGCCCAGGUGAACACCGGUGAUUGGUUCCCGACGCAUCAGAGGACGAGUUAUAAGAGCACGAUAAGUAGUAGGCCGAUAGUAUGUAUUGCUCAACACGCCUGAAGACAUGAGGUGUUUAGUCUACCUCCGAAAGUGCUCCGUAGCUUUGUCUUGUACCUAGAAUGUCCAUAGGCGUAGGCGAAACUCAUCGAGCACUUCACCCUGU